AUGGGAAAUGAAGGUGACGAUUGUGAAAGCGUCGCGGGAACUACGAAAACAAAGAAACCUCGUGUUUUGGAUGAUACCCGUGAAAGGAUUCGGGAGGCAACCGAGACCGUCAAGGCAUGCGCUGAAGGGUUGGGGAAAGAUUUGGAAAAAAAAGAAGACCAAUAUAUGCAUUUUGGUCACUUCGUCGGACUGCAUCUUCAAGGGAUGGAGCCAUCUCUCGCGGAAUAUAAAAUGCAAAUGCUGUCACUGGUGUUAUUGAGCGACGUAUCCAUUGUACUGAACGUUAGCGGUGGGCAACAAGUCGUCUCUUGUUUUGGGGGAAAGGCUCCAGAAGCUCCAUAUACCGACGUCAACGAGAAUGCAGACGUCAACGAGGAUCGAAGAUACGCUUAG